AUGUCGUCCCCGACUCUUGGCUCACCCUCCGGGGCGAUGAGGCGGCCGUCAGUGUCCUCUCAGGGCUCUCACUCGCACCACGAAGCUCAGCCUGCAGCUUCAAGCCAUCUCCAAUGCCGACCCAAUCCCAGCAACGAUGCAAGGCAACUCUCGUCAUCCGUGGGCUCUGUGAGCCACCGCGAGCCCAUAAGGUCCUUUAUCCAUGGUUCCGUCAGGGGACACUUAGCACCGCUCGACAGUGCACAGGAGGCGCGCUCCGUCCGCGAGGACACGGCGGAGCUCGCCAACUACUUCCUUUCUGACAAGAAGGACGGCAAAGGCACCCAAUUCUUUCGCCGAGCACGGUCUAUUUCUUCCUCCCAAGCAAUACGUCGCACUCCUGAACUGGCAGGCCACGACGCGGGCAUUGCGAAGCCAUCCCGAACCAUAGGCGAGGUGACGGAGCCUCCUUCCCCGUCAGAAGGGCACGCAGAACGUCCAGCCGACGGCCGCUCGAUGCUCACCACGAUGUUUAGGGGAUCGCCGCAAGACGCGGGCCAUAGUUAUGCGCUAAUGGAGGAUCAGGGGCCCGAGGAUGGCAGUCCAGUCGUGGAUGGCGAAGGCGACGGUCAGGAAACCCGAUCCGGAGCGCCAACCAUUCAAGCACGGCCUGCGUCGGCGCGCCGCGAUAGUGCCCAGGACGCAAGCGAAGUGUCACCGUUGCUGGCCACGAGCUCUCGAGAAAGUCCACAAGGCUACGGAAUCCAUCAGGAAAGCGGCCGUGGCGCUGACUUGGAGGGCCAAAAGCAACCACAUCGGAGGAAGUGGUUUGCCAGGACCGCCGAUUUUGUCCGGAAUACCGGGGCUCGGGUGGCAACCAAUCUCUCCAUAGUUGGUCAUCCAAAGCGCUGGGAUCGUCGCGCCAUCUGGCAGAAUGCGAUGGUUGCCCCAGUAGCUUGUCUACCCGCCGUCAUUGUCGGUCUGCUUCUCAACAUCCUAGACGCAUUAUCAUACGGCAUGAUUCUGUUUCCCCUAGGGAGCCCUAUAUUUGAGAGCCUAGGCUCGGCCGGGAUCUCCAUGUUCUACGUCAGCUGCAUCGUUUCCCAGCUGAUCUUCUCCUCGGGGAGCAUCUUCAGGGGCGGAGUUGGCUCCGAGCUGAUCGAAGUUGUCCCCUUUUUUCACAACAUGGCUGCUACCAUCACCGAUAUUGUCGGAGAGGACAAGCCCGAUGCGGUCAUUGCUACGACCAUCACCUCAUACGCGCUGAGUUCUAUGCUCACGGGCGCCGUCUUCUAUCUGAUGGGCAAGUUCAGGUUCGGUUAUCUCGUCGGCUUCAUCCCGCGGCACAUCUUGAUCGGCUGUAUCGGGGGUGUCGGGUGGUUCCUAAUCGCCACGGGGUUUGAAGUGACAGCACGGAUAGACGGGAAUCUCAAUUAUGACCUCGAUACGCUCAAGAAGCUCAUGCAAGCGGACACGGUACCGCUUUGGAUGAUCCCCCUUAUUCUAGCCGUCAUCCUCUUUUACGGCCAGUCCAGGAUUGCGUCGAAAUAUUUCUUGCCCUUGUACAUUCUCGCCAUCCCCGCAGUCUUCUACGCUUCCGCCGCUGUCGGAGAUGUGUUGGAUCCGGACAGACUGAGAGGCGGGGGCUGGAUUUUCGACGGCCCGCCUGCUGGAGAGCCGUGGUGGUACUUCUAUACUCUCUACAAAUUCAACCAGGUGCACUGGAGCGCCAUCGUACAGUGUAUCCCGGCUAUGCUUGCGCUCACCUUCUUUGGUAUCCUGCACGUUCCCAUCAACGUGCCCGCGCUGGCUCUGAACACGGGCGAGGACCAUGCGAAUCUCGACCACGAGCUCAAGCUGCACGGAUACUCGAAUUUCUUCUCGGGUGUGGCAGGCAGUAUCCAGAACUACCUCGUCUAUUCCAACAGCCUAUUCUUCAUGCGCUCGGGCGGUAACACCCGACUGGCCGGGUUUGAACUGGCAGUGUUCACCUUUCUGGUGAUGCUGGUCGGUCCUUCGCUGAUCGGCUUCAUCCCCGUCAUGAUGGUCGGUGUCUUGAUCUUCGACCUGGGCUUCGAGCUGCUCCUGGAGGCUGUGUGGCAGCCGAGGAAGAAACUGAAGCCGGUGGAGUACUUCACCGUAAUAGCGAUAGUGCUCGUCAUGGGCACUUACGACUUCGUGGUUGGAAUUGGCGUGGGCAUUCUGUUGGCGUUUGCGUCGCUGACCUUCCAGACGUCGAGGGUGUCGGCCAUCCGAGCCAGCUAUUCCGGUGAUGUGGUAGGUUCGACCGUACGGCGAAACCCGACCCAGCAGCACUACCUCAGGCAAGUUGGCUGCCAGAUCAGCAUCAUCAAGCUGUCGGGGUAUCUGUUCUUCGGGACCAUCGUCGGCGUGGAAGAUCGGAUCCGGGCACUCGUUGCCGACGAGGAAUUCGCCAAACAUCCCAUUAAGUUCCUGAUCCUCGACCUGUGGCUCGUCUCGGGCAUCGACUACUCGGCGGCUGAAGUUUUCAAUACCAUCAGCCGCUUGCUCGACGGGAAGGACGUGGAACUUGUCAUCAGCGGCGUUGACCCGGCACGCGGUCUGGGACGGAACCUAAGGGCCGUCGGCCUUGGUGAGGAUGGCAUCGAAGUCAAGCUCCUGCCCGAGCUCAACUCGGCGCUCGAGUACUGCGAGAACGAACUGCUCAAGACGCUAUACGCCAACCGAGAAGGGUCCCCUGACGCGCGUACCGCCCCGACGGCCAACUUGGAUGUGCCGGACCAACCGGCGACCGCCAAAUCACCGGAUAUGCUCGGGUCCUCGCCCCGACGCGCGCAGCUCCGUGAAGCGGCCCGCGUGUCUCUGGGACACGUGGAAUCGAAGCGGCCGACGCGCUGGCGGAACUUUAACGAGCCGCUUCGCCUGAUGCUCCAGAUCUUCCGCGACGUGAGCGACAAGAAUGAGGACUUCUGGUUCCGCGCCGUGCGAUACUUCCGGCGGGCCGAGUACGCGGCGGGGACGGUCCUGUUCCGCCGCGGCGAGCGCGCCGAGAACUUCUACCUGAUCGAGACGGGCAUCUUGCGGGCCGAGUACGACCUGCCGCAGGGCUGGCUGUUCGAGAGCAUAAUGGCCGGCACAACGUGCGGCGAGCUGCCCUUCUUCUCCGAGACGCCCCGGACGGCGACGUGCGUGGUGGAGCGGGAUUGCGUCGUGUGGCUGAUGGAUCUGGAGAACUGGACCAGGCUGCAGAAGGAGGAGCCGGACGUCGCACAGGAGCUGUUGAGGAUCUCGCUGAAGCUUACCAGCGAGAGAAUGGGCGUCAUGAUCAGGCACACCAAUACCCUUGAUCCUCCGCAGUCGUCGUCCAAACCCUGA